AUGGAUUAAGGAGUUAGUCAUGGAUUUUCAUUAAGAAAGAUUUGUAAAUAGAGAUUAAAAGGAGUAUUUGUAUCUUUGAUUUAAACAAACCCAAAUGUUUAGAAUUAUUUUUUGAUUGUUGACUAAAAGACUGUAAAAGUUGUUUCUGCAUACAUGAAAUUAGCAGAGUAUUUUAUACUUUGAAUGUUUAGAUUAAUGGAAUUAGGAGUAAGUGCUGUUGAAAAAUUGGAGUUGGGUAGAAAACCUUUUCCAAAAUUACAUGCAAUUUAUUUUAUUUCCCCAACAUAAGAGUCAAUUCAAAGAGUAUUGGAUGAUUUUAAAGAUAAAAAAAAUCCUUAAUAUGGUGUUGUUCAUUUAUUUUUAUCAAAUGAAAUAGAUUAAGGAUUAAUGCAAAAAAUUGCUUAAUGUAUGGAAUACAUAUAUAAUUUUAUUAGGUAAUUAAUUAAUAACUAAAAUUGCCUCUUUCAAAAUAGUAAAUUUAGAUUUUGCUUGUACUUCAGAUUAAGUAUUCACUAUAGAAACACCAUAAAUAUUGACUUAAGCCUUUACUUAAUAAAGUAAUUUCAUUUUAUAAAAACAUAUUAGAUGUGUAAUAUUUAUUGAAAGAAGUAUCAUAUAAAUUGGCUACAUUAUUAAUAUCCUUUAAUAAAUUUUAUUCUUUUGAAUUUUUAUUUAAUCAAGCAGACAAUAAAUUAUCUGAAUAAGUAGCAAAAUUAACAGCUACAAGAUUACAAGAAUUAUUAGCUUCUUUUGUUAAGUAAAAAAAUGAUUAGUAUGAUAAUAUUGAAAAAGAAGCUGGAAAAAUUACUGUUAUGAUAAUUGAUAGAUCAUAUGAUGUAGCUACUCCAUUAUUACAUGAUUUUUAUUAUUAAUCUAUGAUUUAUGAUUUAUUAGAUAUAACAAAUGAUAUAUAUGAAAGUGAAAUUGAUGCAGGUGGUAAAUAAAUUAAAUAAAAAGUAAUAUUUAAUGAAAAUGAUGAUUUAUUUAAUAGAUAUAAGUAAAUAAAAUUUUUAUAUAUUAAAGAUAUAGACAUAUUAUACAAGUAUUAGAAGGUAUACCUGCUGAAUUUAGAGAAUUUGUUAAUAACAAUACAACUGCUAAAGUACAUUAAGGAUAAAUGAAUAAUUUAGAUUUGAAUUAGAUGUCUGAAAUAGUUAAGACAUUACCUUAAUAUAAUGAAUUGUUAGGCAAAUAUACCUUACACAUGGUAUAUAUAUAUAAAAAUUGAAUUAAGAAAUUAAUAGAAAAGAGUUGGUCAAUAUUUGAAAAUAAGGGUCUUAAAGAAAUAGGUGAGAUUGAAUAAUGUUUAAUUACUGGUAUUGAUGGAGCUGGUAAAAGUAUUUCAACCACUAAGAUUUAAAGUGCUGUUGCCACUAAAUUAAUGAGUGAAACAUUGGAUGACUAUGAUAAAUUAAGAUUAAUAUUAUUAAGUAAAUAUAAAUCAUAUAUUUGUAGCAUUUAUAGGUUUAGAAAUGUCAGAAAAAGAUAGAAAGAUAUUAACUGAUAAAAUUAAAGCUGAACAUUAAUAAGCAAUCUUAAAUCUAAUAUAUUUAGGUGUCAAUCCUUCAAAAGGAAGUCAAAAAAAAGUAUAUUUUAUAUUAUUAAUCUUUAGUCUAAAUCUUCUAAUAGAAUUAAUGAUGAUUUAAAAAAAUAAGCUAAACAUAAAUUGGCCAGUGCUUGUACUGAAUUAUCUAGAAAUACUCCUUUAAUUGAAACAUUAGUAGAAAGUUAUAUUGAAUCUAAUUACAAAAAACCUUAAAAAUUUGAUUCCUUUAUAAUAAAUGAAGAUGGUGUUGGAAGCAAAGGUGGAGGUAAAUCUAUUAGAAAAGGAGGAUAAUUAGCCAAAAUGAUAUAAAAUGAUAAUAGUGAUGAAACUAUUAAUUAUACUUAAAAAUUGGUAAAUUUAUGUUAUAUUAAAUAGAUUAUAUUCGUUAUUGGUGGUAUUAGUUAUUCAGAAAUAAGAAGUCUGUUAAGUAAUCAAAAAAUUGUUAGUUCAUAAAUUACUGUAAAAUAAUUCAUAUUUAUCAAAGUUGGUUGGCUCUACUAAUAUAGUGAAACCAAAAGACUUUUGUUAAGGAUUAUUAGAUAUGAAGACUAUUUGA